CUGAACUUUUGAAAUUCGCCUCUUUCUACAAAAUGUCGAAUUUGAUAAAAAAAGAAUAUCGUAUCAAAGAAGACGUAGUUAAGGCGCAAUUCUCUCCUGAUAUUCAAGAAUAUAUUUCACGUGAUUUAUUUGAUACUAGGAUCAGGGGGUUUAAUACGGCAAUAAAAAGUUGUGCUGUAAGCAAGAGUUUUUAUGUAUCUCUCUACAUUUUUACAACUUUAUUAGCAUUAUUUAUAGGAAUACCAGUAACAGUCUCAAAUGACUAUAAGUAUUAUGGAUGGUAUAUUUUCUUUAUGGCUUCAAUGUGUGCAUAUUUAAUUGCACUUUGUAUUCAUUUAGUAAAAAUGAAGGAGGUUGAAAAGGUGAUGGAACGAGUAAACGGUUUUGAUAACAUCAAUCAUAUCUUUUGGAAACUAGAAUUUACUGAUAGUUAUGUCAUGGAAGGAUAUAGAAAAAAGUAUUAUUUUGUAAUUCUUGAGUUAAGCUCGCCGGCAAUAACUCAACAAGUGACAGUUAAUACGGUAAUAUCACCUCCAGCAUAUACAGCACCUACGGCACCAACACAUACAACAAUCAUACCUAUAGAACCAACUUCUCCAACUUCUACAGCACCAACCUCUACAGUUCCACAGCAGCAAAUUAUUUUAAUAACAGGAAAUACAUCUACAUUACCAUUAAGCGAUGGUACACAAACUACCCAAAUAAUUUCAAUAGACCAUUCGCAAUUAAAUCAAAUAUUAGCUAUUACUCAACAACAGCAGCACCAGGAUAAUUUAACAACUCCACCUACACCUCCACCAAAAGAUUAA